UGGGCUGGAUUUGAAGCUGUUACCCUAUCAUUGUCUCAAGUAGCUGCUUGGUGGCAUUUAGAUCCAGGGAACACAGCAAAGGCAUAUGAGUGCUCUGCUCCUGCAAUACUGAAUAUGUCCGCAGAAUAUAAUGGUUCGUCUGAGAUGGGUGUUGGUCAGCAAAAGGCUGUUCGCCGGAGGCAUCUUCCACGAGGUCCUAAUGGGCGCUUUAUCACCACAAAGGGCAACCAGGCAGCAACCAAUGGAAAUAGCGAGGUUCAUAGCAGUACACCUGCAAUAGGCUUCUAUUGCCCCUUUGUCGCAACUAAUGAAGGCCGGGGAAACGUCGGUGAAGUCAUCCAUUUUCCCUUGGUCGCAACCAAUGUAGGUGAGGUCGCCUAUGGCAGUGAGGUGCCAAGCAACCCCGCAGGAGACUUCUGUUGGCCCGUUGUAGCGACCAACGAUGAUGAGGAGAACAUCGGCAAGGUUGCUUACAAUAGCAUCCUGAACCUUGAAUCGCCUGAUCCCACCACACUACUCAGGAUCAUGAUGGGGAACAAGUACAGCACCAACAAAGUCUCGGAGCAAUUCCAGAAUGUGGCGCGCCUCCAGGCUCCUGACUUUGCCACCCUCCUGACCGUCAUGAAUAAUGCUGGCUAUGGUGAGACCGCAGACGACGGCCACUAUGAUGUGGACAAAGUAAUGACGAAUUUAGAAGGGUGGUAACCAGCGACAGGUCGUGGUUAGGCCGGCCUGCCCCUGCCAUGAUGCCAUCAUUGUAUGUAGGCUUGCUUAGUUAUCUGGUUGAUGGCUAUCUGUAUGUUUUCUUUUGCUCGUGUUCUGACUCCAGAUUGCCAGAUUGUCUGGUGGUCAGCUCAGAAGGUUCCUGAUUCUGAAGUUGUUUGGUUAGUAAUAAGUCUAUGCACUAAGCUAGCUCCCAAGUUCGAGUUCAAAUGGACUGGAUCUAAGUGUCUAUUUCUUCUUAGGUUGGUCGAGUUUUCUUAGUAACACCAUAUACCGAAUUGGAGCAAAUGGUUGUAUGGACCUGGUUUUCGUAUGGUACUAAAUAUUGGAUUUUAUUAAUUUGGUA